UGAAGUUGUGACAUGGAGAUCAAACUGAGAAAUUCUUACCGUGCUGAAGAGUGAAGCCGGGCAUUGCAAAUCAGUGACUUUGGAUUCGGAGAAUACUGUUUUUAAAUGCCGCAGCUGUUCGACCGGAAAGUGGGUUUAAAAGAUAUUCCGUAUUCGUGAGGAAUUCGUUUCCAGCUCUCAUGAAUGCCCUCGAUAAGAAGGAAAGUAUUUUAAGAGACUCAAUAAUGCAAAAGAAAAGCUUACACGUUGGAACUGGACAAUGGAGAAAACUAAGUGUAAGUAAUUGACCGCAGUUUUUGUUUUCUAAAGAUCGUCAUUUUUUUUGUUUCCCCUUGUCCCGCAGUUAGAAGAAAGGUGAGCUUGGAGAUCUAUUUAUUGACCACCAACAUGCACUGCUGUCAUUAGAUUAUCGGAGCUAACGGACAAGUAAAAUGAGGCUGCAUUAGGUUAAAAAAAAAACAGAAUCGCGAUUGGCCAUUCGUUGACUUUGCACAUUUAAUUUUAUGGCGAGCUUCCUUCACCCAGACUUCGCGGAGUCCCGUUAAACCGAUUUUUUUUUUUUUUUUAAAAAAAGGAGACGCAUUCUCUUGUCGAGGUCGGCUACAGAUCGGCUCGGUGCGCUUUAGAAUGAGUUUGGUUGGUGGAUUCCCUCACCACCCAGUGGUGCAUCACGAUGGCUACUCCUUCGCUGCUGCAGCCGCUGCCAGCCGCUGCCAUGAAGAGAACCCUUAUUUCCACGGGUGGCUCAUUAGCCACCCAGAGAUGUCCCCCCCUGACUACACUAUGGCACCGUCGUACAGCCCCGAAUAUGCCAACGGCGCGACAGCUCUUGACCACUCGCACUACGGGGGUGUUCCUGGGGCCGGGGCAGUUGGGCUGGGACCCCGUCCCGUGAAACGGAGGGGCACGGCCAACCGCAAGGAGAGGCGCAGGACUCAGAGCAUCAACAGCGCUUUCGCCGAGCUGCGGGAGUGUAUUCCCAACGUGCCGGCCGACACGAAACUGUCCAAAAUCAAAACGCUUCGGCUGGCCACCAGCUACAUCGCCUACCUCAUGGAUCUGCUGGCCAAGGACGACCAGAACGGAGAGGCAGAGGCCUUCAAAGCGGAAUUCAAAAAGACCGACGUGAAGGAAGAAAAGAGGAAGAAAGAACUGAAUGAAGUUUUGAAGAGCUCUGCGGGUAGCAAUGACAAAAAAACCAAGGGAAGGACUGGGUGGCCUCAGCAUGUCUGGGCGUUGGAACUCAAACAGUGAAAGUUUUCCUCCCGAAAAGGACUUAAAAGGAAAGCCUUUUAGACUCCUUCUCAAAUGUACACUACAAACGUUAUUUUUCGGAAUAUUUAUGUGCAAUUUUCCCGCCAUGAAGAGUGGAUAUUUGAAGAAAACCAUUCCAUUUUUAAGAAGAGAAGACCUGUUUGGUAAGGGAUUGUGUAUGUCGUUUCAUGUGGUGAAUGUUUGUUUCAUUGUUGAAGUGUAGAAAAGCCAAACAACGACUUUGGCACUAAAGUGUAAAUGAAGUACAAGUUGGCUCUUUCUGGAUAUAAAUAUCAUUGGAGUUUUACUGUUAAAUAUCUUGAUCCAGUUCAAGUAAUAUUUCAUUUGAAAAUGUCAUUUAGUGUUCUAUUGUCAUAUUUUUGUGGUCGUCCAGUAUUUGAUGAUGUUUUAAACAGCUGUUUAGUCUGUGCACUUCCGUCCAGAAACUUGGAGCUUUAAUAAUAUUUGGAGAUGUAAACAAUGUAAUUAAUUCAAUAAACCACUGUGUUUUUUUUAAACAAGCAUAGACCCAUUGUUGUAUAUAUUAAUAUAACAAAGGUAUAUGUUGAAAUGCUGACUAAUUUAAAACACAAUAAACCAGCUUAUACCCCAUG